UAAAAGCACCUGAGAAAAAUGCAUACGUAUAAUUUUCUAAUCUAAAUUAAUUGUGUAUAUUUUGUUACAGUAUUUAUUUUACAUUAAAUGUGGAUUGUAUUUUUAACAUAUCCUUUUCCGUUGAUUUUGCUAAAACAAGUAUCGUGUGAUAGCAAGUUUUGAUAAAAAUAAUUUAUCAAACUAUGUUGUGAAUAAUGAAAAAUGAUUCUACAGCCUACAAGCUAUCAAAAACGUCGAAAAUAAUUGCAACAUCAGUUUACUGGUAGUAAAGGUCCAUGGUAGUGUAAUUUUAAAAACUAUGGCUGAAGCAGGAGUUGCUCAAAAUGUUCCUCAUCAAUUAAGUAUUACUGUUGAAAAUGCCAGUUUACGUAAUAAUGGUUUUCUUAAACCUAGUCCAUAUGUUGAGCUGACAGUGGAUGGUAAGAGCCCUCGUAGGACUGAAAUUUGCAGGACCACAUGUCAACCAAAAUGGAAUGAAGACUUUACUGUAUUAAUAACACCACAAUCGAAAUUAUUUUUGAGUGUAUUAGAUCAUAAUAAUUUCCGCAAGGAUACAGUUAUUGGUGAGAAGAAAAUAGAAAUUGGCGAAUUGCUUCAAUACUACAGUGGACGUCUUGAAAAUUUGGAACUCACUCUUGAUUUACUGUCAGAGAAUAAGGGAAAUGAAACACCUACAAAGACAGGCGAACUUGUAGUUUUAUUAAAAGGCCUAAGUAUAGAUGUCGCAAAUGACAAUCAUGUGCGUCAUAAGAGUGUGCAUUCUAUGCCUCUGACCCCAAGUAAUGUUGAAAAUCCUCAAAGUAGAAGUGUUUUGAAUGGUGUGAGGGGUAGAGUACGCUCUAAUGGGUCUGAAAAUGUUGUUCCUGUGACUACUUCAUUGUCUAGAACUUCACUUGAUCAAUCAUCAGCUCAACCACAAACACAACCUCAAGCAGCUGUACCCUACCCUCAACAAUCUCAACCGAUUAUUACAGCAGUCACACAAACCCCUGUUGCUGUUACUGGAGGAGCACCGGUUUUUACGGGGCCACACAUAGGUCCUCCUGCAACUGUUCCAAAUGGUAACGUUGUUCAAAAUGGUCCGGAAGAAAGUCGAGAAGACCCUCUACCUCCCGGAUGGGAAAUGCGUUACGACAUGUACGGGCGAAGAUACUAUGUUGAUCAUAAUACAAGGUCGACUUCUUGGGAAAGACCCCAACCAUUGCCCCCUGGGUGGGAAAUGCGGAGGGAUACGAGAGGUCGAAUUUAUUAUGUUGACCACAAUGCCAGGACCACUACAUGGCAACGACCUAAUACUGAACGCCUUCAACACUAUCAACAAUGGCAAGGUCAGAGGCAACAUAUUGUACAGCAAGGAAAUCAACGCUUUUUAUACCCUACACAGCCUCAAAUUACAUCAUCAGCUGGUCCUAGCGCAAGCCCUGCUGAUGAGGACGACGGAUUAGGUCCACUACCCCCAGGUUGGGAAAGACGCGUUCAGCCAGAUGGCAGAGUGUACUACGUGAAUCAUAAGAAUCGGACAACUCAGUGGGAAGAUCCGAGAACGCAAGGGCAAGAGGUUUGCGGAGAAGCCGAUGAUACACCUUUGCCACCUGGCUGGGAAAUUAGAUAUACCGAAGAUAAUGUUCCUUACUUUGUCGACCAUAACAGUCGAACAACUACAUUCCAGGAUCCGCGUCCUGGUGCACCAAAAGGGCAUGGCGUGUAUGGUGUUCCUCGGGUAUAUGAAAGAUCUUUUAGGUGGAAAAUUGGUCAAUUUAGAUAUCUUUGUCAAAGUAAUGCUCUUCCCAGUCAUAUAAAAAUAACGGUAUCCAGACAAACGUUAUUCGAAGAUUCAUAUCAUGCAAUAAUGCGUUUACCUGCUUACGAACUUCGUCGAAGGUUAUAUAUUAUAUUCAAAGGGGAAGAAGGUUUAGAUUAUGGUGGCGUGAGCCGGGAAUGGUUUUUCCUCCUUUCACAUGAAGUACUUAAUCCAAUGUAUUGUCUUUUUGAGUACGCAAACAAAAAUAAUUACAGUUUACAAAUCAACCCUGCGUCCUACGUGAAUCCCGAUCACUUACUUUACUUCAAAUUUAUUGGUCGUUUUAUUGCAAUGGCUCUUUAUCACGGUCGAUUUAUCUAUUCCGGUUUCACAUUGCCUUUUUAUAAACGGAUGUUAAAUAAAAAGUUAGUAAUGAAAGAUAUCGAAAGCAUUGAUCCCGAGUUUUACAACUCGCUGGUUUGGAUUAAAGAGAACAAUAUCGACGAAUGCGGCCUGGAGUUGUACUUUAGCGUGGAUUUCGAAGUUUUGGGUCAGGUUGUUCAUCAUGAAUUGAAAAAAAACGGUGAUAAGGAACGUGUUACUGAAGAAAAUAAAGAAGAAUAUAUCACAUUAAUGACCGAAUGGAGAAUGACGCGUGGAAUCGAACAGCAAACUAAAGCGUUUUUAGAUGGUUUCAGCGAAGUUGUACCUCUUGAAUGGCUCAAAUAUUUUGAUGAACGUGAAUUGGAACUUUUGCUCUGUGGCAUGCAGGAGAUUGAUGUUGAUGACUGGCAACGUCAUACAAUUUACAGGCAUUACACUAGAAAUAGUAAACAAGUCAUUUGGUUUUGGCAGUUUGUAAAACAAACAGACAAUGAGAAAAGAACGCGCCUUCUUCAGUUUGUUACGGGGACAUGUAGAGUGCCUGUUGGUGGUUUUGCAGAACUAAUGGGAUCGAAUGGUCCACAAAGAUUUUGUAUAGAAAAGGUAGGUAAAGACACGUGGCUGCCCCGGUCACAUACUUGUUUUAAUCGUCUUGAUUUACCGCCAUACAAAAGCUAUGAACAACUGGUGGAAAAAUUAAAUUAUGCCAUCGAAGAAACUGACGGUUUUGGUCAGGAGUAAGUUUUUUAAAUCCAAAGAAAUUUGUGUAUUAUCUAUGUACAUAAUUUAGGAAAUAUCUUUGUAAUGUUGAGGUAAAGUUGUACCUGAAAUAAUUAUGCAACUGGUAACUAGACUCAAUUUUUGUCGAGUUUUAUUUUAUUUAAUUACCGGUAAUAUUUACUUACAAUAUUCGUAUCAUUAUUACUAAUAUGAUAACCAUCUUCGUGAUAUACUGUUUGCUUAAUCUCCCAACUGAAUUUACUUUACCCCACGAUGCUGUGUAAAUAUAAUACAUACAUAAAAUAUAUAGAUAGGUGCUUAUAGAAAGUGUAAAUAUAUUAACCGGGGACAUUCCAUGUAACUAUCGUAAUUUAAGUAAUCACUGAUAUUUUUAAAACCAAAGUGUUUUAAUUUAAACAUUAAUUUAUGUUGAAAGUGUGGACUGCAUGUAAUCUACUUGUAUUUAACUACUCAGAAAUAGCAGCAUUUUAUUUGUUUAGGUUUAAUUUAAAUAAAAGUAAUAAUUGUUUUA